AUGGGGAGAUCUCCUUGUUGUGAUGAAAGUGGCCUCAAGAAAGGACCCUGGACUCCAGAAGAGGAUCAAAAGCUUGUGCAGUACAUUGAAGAACAUGGCCAUGGAAGUUGGAGAGCUCUUCCAAAGCUUGCAGGUCUCAACAGAUGUGGCAAGAGUUGUAGGUUAAGAUGGACAAAUUACUUGAGACCUGAUAUCAAAAGAGGCAAAUUUACUGAAGAUGAGGAGCAAACAAUUCUACAUCUCCAUUCUAUCCUUGGAAACAAAUGGUCAGCAAUUGCAACACACCUAGAUGGCCGAACUGACAAUGAAAUCAAGAAUUUCUGGAACACCCAUUUGAAGAAAAAGCUGAUCCAAAUGGGUUUUGAUCCAAUGACCCAUCAACCAAGAACCGAUCUCUUUUCCGGUUUGUCUCAGCUUCUGGCCCUGGCAAACCUGCAGGACCUCAUGCAGCAAUAUCAGCCGUUAGAUAUUGAUCAGCAUGCUGCAACAUUACAAGCAGAUCAAGCUGCUCAGUUGGCCAAGCUUCAAUACAUGCAGCAUUUGCUCCAAUCCGUAGCCUAUAUAAGCAGUGGUGAGAAUUAUAGCCAGAACAGAAACACAGCUGACACAGACAUGGAGGCUUUCAAUUUGUUGAACUCACUUGUUCCUUCUAUCAAAGAAAACCCAAUUUUAAAUUCAUCUCAGCUGGAAAAUCCUAGCUCAUUUUCUCUUGGAUACGGUGGAACUUCUCAACCACUCCACCAUCAAAGCCUACUGCCUCAUGACCCACAAGUCCCUUUCAGUUCUCUACCAUCUUUGAAUAGCAAUCAUGAAAUGGGCUCCAACUAUACAAUGGUCAGCCAAGAAGAUAACCAACCUCAUGAUCAUGAUGACUCUCCAUGGUUUGAUAAUCUUCUGUCUCCUGCUCCUAAUUCUAUUCCUCCAACUAUGACCGGGAUGUCGAUUAGCAACCCGGGAGGAGAUGUCUGCUGCAGCACUUCAAGCUAUGGAGGUAGAAGUAGUGGUUCUUCUUCCUACUGGCCUGAACUCUUUCUUGAGGACGCCAAUUAUGGUUGA